AUGAAACUAUAUCAAGAGGCCAUCGAGGCAGAAGAACGCUUCGCAGGCAGCGAUUCAGACAGUGACGAGAGCGAGGAGACUAGCGAGGAAGAGGAAUCAUCGGAAGAAGAGUCCGGCUCUGAAGAGGAAUCAGGUUCCGAGGAGGAGGAGUCUGAAGAAGAGUCUGGAUCUGAAGAAGAGUCUGGAUCUGAAGAAGAGUCUGGAUCUGAAGAAGAGUCUGGAUCUGAAGAAGAGUCUGGAUCUGAAGAAGAGGAAUCCGAAGACGAAGAGUCUGGAUCCGCCGAAGAAGAAGAGUCUGGAUCAGAAGAAGAAUCUGGAUCCGAAGAAGAGGAAUCCGAAGAAGCGUCAGAAGAAACUUCUGACGAUGAAGAGACUACAGAAGAUGGUAGUGAUGAGGAAGAAUCUGAAGAAGAGUCUGGCUCUGAAGAAGAAACCACCGAGGAUGGCAGCGGAGAGGAAGAAUCUGAAGAAACUUCCGAGGAUGAAGAGACUACAGAAGAUGGUAGUGAAGGAGAAGAAGAAUCCGAAGAGGACGAUGAGGAAGACGAAGAAGCUGAUGGUUCUGGAACCGACAAGAGCGGCUCCAAGAAGAGUAAGGGUGCUUCUGACUCCGAAAAGGAUGAAGAAAGUUCCAGCUCAGGAGUCGGACUUGCUGCAGGAGCUGCAGCCGCUGGUGUUAUCGCAGGUGGAGCUGCUGGCGCUGCAGUUGCUGCUGGUUCGAAAUCUAGCUCCGACGAAAGCGAAAAGAAGGCCAAGGUUUUCGAGGAAGGAUCCUCGUCUUCUCAUCCAGACUCAAACAGUACAUUCGAUGUUCAAGGUGCUCUUGGUGAUAAGGACAAGGAUAAGGCUUCAGCGAAAGAAGAUGAACCUGAAUUUACAGAUUUCUACAAGAACACAGAUGGAGAUGCUGACCGCGAUGUAGAAAUGGGGCAAGACCCAGAACCUGCUAAGAAGAAGGAGAAGAAAGAAAAGAAGGAAAAGAAGAUUAAAGAAAAGAAGGCACCAAGGGAGAAGCUUGAUCCCAACAGUCCAGAAGCAAGAAAGAAGCGCCGACAACUCGGAUUCUUCUUGAUUGCCUGUCUCCUUCUCUUGCUCGGUAUUGGUGUUGGCAUUGGUGUCGGCGUCGGUGUCUUUGGUGAUGAUGACGAACCAACACCAGCCACAGCUAGUGCGCCUGGCGCGUCCCCUGCUCCCUCGGCUGCACCUUCGAUGUCAAGUGCACCCAGCACACUGCAACCUACAGAUGAUCUCAGCAGCCUAAUCAUUAGAGCUUCACUUCCCACAACAGAGACUGGUGUGUGGGACGAUGAUGAUUCUAUUCAAGUGAAGGCUCUUCAAUGGCUUCAUGGAAACGAAAACCUUCAAUUUUACAGCGAUGAAAAGAAGAUUAUUCGAUGGGUGUUGGCAGUCUUCUACUACAGCACCAAUGGAGACAACUGGACAACCAACACAAACUGGCUAAGCCAAGACUUGGACGAGUGCACAUGGUUCACUGCUGGAAAUUCACCGGCAUGUAACCGCGACAAGCAGUUCGCCAAUUUGGAACUUCGAGCAAACGCUGUGACCGGAACUCUUCCUCCAGAACUUGGCUUGCUUUCCAACGUGUUGGAGGCCAUCAACAUUCGAGGUGUGACCGGCUCUCAAGUUGCCGGUUCCAUUCCUACUGAACUUGGUUUCUUAACAACGCUUUUGGACUUCACCAUGGAAGGAAAUGCCAUGACUGGUUCUCUUCCAUCAACACUGGGCGGCAUGAAGGCACUCCAAACAUUGAAUUUGGCUGAUAACAACUUCAAUAGUACCGUGUCUCGUACUGUAGUCCGUGGACUGACAGACUUGAGAAGCAUCAACCUCUCGAACAACGACUUCCAGGGAGCCGUCACUUCUGACUAUGGACGCUUGACCAAUCUAAGGGAUAUCGUUUUGUCAGGAAACAAAUUCACUGGAGCUGUGCCUGCCCAGCUGUCAAGUCUUACGAGCUUGGAAACUUUGAACGUUGCCUCCAACAGCUUCGUCAGUCAGCUCCCUCGACAACUCUCGUCUCUCACAAACCUCAAGGAGUUCACAAUCCGUGACAACGCCUUUUCUGGGACUAUCCACACUGAACUUGGCUUGUUGAGCAACCUUGAGAAGCUUGAUAUGGCGAACAACAAAUUGUCGUUCGCCAUUCCAACUGAAUUUGGUUUGCUCACCAAUCUUCGAGUUGAACUUGAUGUAUCCAACAACAACCUUAUUGGAGGUAUUCCCACUCAGCUUGGAAACUUGAGCAAUUUGCGUCGUCUUCGUGUCAAUGGUAACAACAUUGCUGGAACUGUUCCAUCCCAAUUGAGCAACCUUGACGCUAUUCGCGUCUUCAGAAUAGACGACAACGACAUAAACGGAGCCAUCCCAAAUGGCUUGUGCUCUCGCAUCAGCGUCUUGGGAAGUGCUGCCUUCGCCGACUGUCGAGAGGUCAGCUGUCCUUGCUGUACUCAUUGUUGCACAGGUGGUUCCUGUACCUGCCAAUCGAGCAAUGCUGUGGUCUGUGCCGCAUCAUAG